AAUAAAUAUAAGAAUGCAGCAAUAAUAAAAUACUAAUAAAAGAAUAAAACCAAUAUAAGGACAUUCUCCUUAGAGAUCACCAGGUAAAUUCUCUUCAAAUUUAUUGAACAUUAGUAAUAAAUUUGCAGGGACAGGUGGAAGUAAUAAUAUAUAAGUUAUAUAAAAAUUAGUGUCUUCAUCAUUAGCUCCAAAGAAAGCUUAAGCUCCUUAAAAAGUUCCAAAAUCAGGAAUCUUUUAAGCUUUACCAAUGAUUGAAUAGACUUUAUUUAAAAAAUAUUAUGAUAGAGGAGAUCUUCCAAUUGCAGUUAAUUUUAGUGGAGCAGUUAGAAAGAUUGUUUGGAAAUGUGAACCUGAAUGUUUAGAUUAUCAUUUAUAUCUUCCAAUAUUCUUUGAAGGACUAAGAGAAACUGAAGAUCCUUACAAAUUCUUAGCUGUAAAUGGAUGUGAAGAAUUAUUAUAAAAAGGAGAAACUAAGAUUUUAUCAGUCUUACCAUAAUUGAUUAUUCCUAUUAAAAGUAAAUCUAUUAUAUUUCUACUUUUUUAUAGAAGCAUUAGCUACAAAGAAUCAUGAUAUUAUGUGUAUUACAUUAAAGAAAAUAUAAAAAUUAGUCAAAAGUGGUUAAAUGAUAGGAGAAGCCUUAGUUCCUUAUUAUAGAUAAAUUUUACCUGUCAUGAAUAUGUAUAAAAAUAAAAGAUGUAAUCAAAUUUCAUAUUUCUAGUAAAUAUUGGAGAUAAAAUUGAUUAUUCAUAAAGAAAAAAUGAAAAUCUAUCUGAUCUAAUCUAAGAAACAUUAGAAACACUUGAAAAAAAUGGAGGAGAAGAUGCAUAUAUUAAUAUUAAAUAUAUGAUACCAACAUAUGAAAGUUGUAUGUUUUGA